AUGGCCGGUUCCGCGGCAGACCCGAGCCGGGCCGCGGUGGGCUUCGGCCGGUGGUCUGUCCCGCUGCUGUUCGGCCAGCUGGAGCGGGAGGAGGGGGCCGGCAGGGUCCCGGUUCUGGACUCACUGUGCGACCUGAUCCACGACCCGGAGAGGCUCUACCAGACCGUCACCGGAGGCUUCAUGGAGCAGCUGAAGGUUUUAUUAAAAGACCACGACCCGUCGGUGAGGACCAAGACCUGCGAGCUGCUUCGGCUGCUGACGAGCCACAGCAUCGGCAGGCAGGCCCUGCUCUCCUCCUCUCUCCUCCCUCCUCUCUCAGAGCUGCUGGACGACUCCUCUUCCUCCUGCAGGAGGAACGUGCUCCUGGUGCUGAACAGCCUGGCCCAGCUGCCUGCAGGAGCCCACGCUCUCCUGCCUCUGGUCCCCAAACUGAUGCUGAAGCUCAGACAGGAGGAGGAGGUGGAGGAAGAGGAGGUGCUGCUCCUCUCCACCCUCAGCUACUGCUCCCAGGUCAACCCCCUGCCAGCUCUGGCUUCAAACGGAGUCCCUCUUCUGGGCCACAAACUGACCCACAGCUCCCCUAACAUCCGCAGAGAGGCCGCUGCAGCCAUGAUGGCCCUAAGUGUUCCUGUGGAUGGGAAGCAGCAGGUGUGCGAGGAGCAGAUCCUUCCGAUCCUGGUGGACCUGCUGCAGGAUGAAGACCUGGAGGUCCAGACUAACACGGCAGGAGUCCUGAUGAACGCCACGAUCAUCACCGCAGGUAAACGUCUGAGUCUGGAGCUGAACGUCCUCCCCAUCUUCCUGGACCUGCUGUCUGAGAGCCACGAGGAGGAGGAGGAGAGGAGGAGGAAGGCUCUGGUUCUGUAUUGCCUCCGGGCUCUGACCUCGCUGGCUGAAGCUCCGGAGGGCCGGCGCCUCCUGCAGGAGCAGCUCUGCCUGCUGGAGAGGAGGAGCCAAGACCUGGACCAGGACAUCCGGCGGGCUGCUCAGACUGCCAUCAGGGUGGUCACCUGGACCCUCUGACCUUUG